AUGGCACCCAAUGACGAGUCCUCCCCUCUGCUGCCCCGUGAGCCGGCCGUCGAGCGGUACUCGCCCCUCUACGACGAGACCAAGACCAUGGCCGAGGACGAGGGCGCCCUCUUUGACACGACGGACAUUCUGCGCGACGUCAUCAUUGGCUUCGCCGACGGGCUGACGGUGCCCUUUGCGCUGACGGCCGGCCUGUCCAGCCUGGGCAGCAGCAAGAUUGUCAUCAUGGGCGGCCUGGCCGAGCUCUUCUCGGGCAUGAUCUCCAUGGGCCUCGGCGCGUACCUGGCCGCCGUCACGGAGCGCGACCACUACGCCUCGCAGGAGGUGCGCGAGCGCUGCCACGUCGACACCAUGCCCGAGGCCCAGCGCGCCGAGGUCUACGCCAUCCUGGAAAAGUACGCCGUCUCCCGCGCCGCCGCCCAGCCGCUCGUCGACGAGCUCUGCCGCAACCGCUCCCACUGGGCCCGCUUCAUGGUCGACUUCUCCCUCCGCCUCGAGCGCCCCAAUAUUCACCGCGCCUGGAUCUCGGGCGUCACCAUGGGCCUGAGCUACCUCGUCGGCGGCCUCAUCCCCAUGAUUCCCUACUUUGUCAUGCCCCGCGUCGGCGAGGCCUUUGUCGUCUCCAUUGUCGUCACCGCCAUCAUCCUCGUCAUCUUUGGCUACGUCAAAAACUACGUCGCCAUUCGCAACCACCGCGCCGGUCUGUGGGGCGCCAUUCAGACGCUCUUCAUUGGCUUCAUGGCUGCAGGCACGAGUUACAUGAUCAUCAAGGCCCUGGACUCCUGA